AUGUUAUUGCGGGAGCUGCUGUCCUCUACCAGUUUCGCGGCCGCAGAAUUCGACGUCCCGGGCUUUUGGAAAGCUAAGCGCGACACGCUUCUUCAGGGUCUUCCAGGUGACCUGCAAAGCGCUGCGUCUCGUGCCGACAAGUUUGUGAAGCAGGAGCCCAAUCCGGACGAGAAGGAGGCCGCGAAGGAAGCUGGACACCAGUUCUACCAGGAAGCGAACACGUUUUUGCGAAAGUGGAAUCUGUUGAAGUCCCACCUGGAACAGUUCCCAGACCGGCACGAUCGCCUGCGGAAGUUUGUCGCUGACAUCAAGGAAGGCACUAGCGCUUUGUAGGAGAGCAGCUGCUACUGAGUACCUGGCCCGCCGCAAAAGAACAACGGGAGAAUUGCCUAAAGUUCAUUUGGUCUUGCUGCUCUACUAGGUCGUCCAUGCUUGGUGGGCGCGCAGCAGAGUUAUUUCUUGGUCUUGAUCCUGGCGUCGAGUACAGUCACGGAGCCGUGACUUUUUUUGUGAAAAUACCAUCUUCGAAGCCACGUCAUUUACCGAGAACGGCGUUUUUCCCAAAGACGACAACGAGCUUUGCAAUCGAGACCACGGAAGAAUUGCAGACUCAGCUCGACGCGGCGCACAAGUGGGCGGCGCAGACCAGGAAAUUGGUGCCGGAGCCCGAUCCGGGGGCCAAUGACAAGAUUAACGGAUUGAAAUUGUUGAUCAACAAAAACUUGCUGAAAAAAUUUGACGCGCUGCAGCAGGCUUUGACGAAACAGAGUGACGCGGUGGAGCACAUCGCGAACAAUCUGCGAGAAAUUAAUCAAUUAGGGCGAACUCCACCUGAUUCUGCUGUGAUGCACCGGCCGGUAGAUGCGCUUGACUAGGGUUGAUACAUAGGUUUCGAAGAAAACAUGCGUGUUUUGAAAGUUUAUGUUUAUUUCACUGCGCUUUGAAGAUGCAGGCGUCCGGCCUUUUGGUCUCGUAACGCGAAAAAACUCAGCGCAGAAACGAAGAUGAGUGAUUAGCGCACGACAUCAUCAUAUCGCAAAGAUACUGUGCUGGUUCGUUGUGCAUCCUUGUGUUUUUGCAACUGUAGUGUUGUAAGUAUAUCA